GCAAGCUGCUAGUAGUACUGCAAGGUUUAGGUUAAAGGCUUAAUUAGGGUUUUUGCAGAGAGAAACAAGGGAAAGAAGAAGAAGAAGAGCAGUGAAGUAGAAGCCAUGAGCAGGAGUUUAGGAAUACCAGUAAAGCUUCUCCACGAAGCCGCUGGGCACGUGGUGACGGUGGAGCUCAAGAGCGGUGAGCUCUACAGAGGAAGCAUGAUCGAGUGCGAGGAUAACUGGAACUGUCAGCUCGAGAACAUCACCUUCACUGCUAAGGAUGGGAAGGUCUCGCAGCUUGAACAUGUUUUUAUAAGAGGCAGCAAAGUUAGGUUUAUGGUGAUACCAGACAUGCUAAAGAAUGCUCCAAUGUUCAAGCGUCUAGAUGCUAAAAUCAAGGGUAAGGGCGCAUCACUUGGAGUCGGAAGGGGUAGAGCUGUAGCAAUGCGGGCUAAAGCUCAAGCUGCAGGGCGAGGAGCAGCUGGUAGAGGCGCUGUACCACCUGUACGGAGGUAAAAAUCCUCGCCGGAGUAUGCAUGCCUUAAGUUAACGAUAUGUCCACUGGUACCGUAGUAUGUGUUGCCUUCAGCUAAGGAUCUGUCUUUUGGUACCAUCAGAAUUUGGUGUAAAAGUUUAGUGUUAGUUUGCUUGGGAAGAGGGAAGGAAAGUAGUAGUAUAAAUCUAAUCAAUCGAAAUCGUGACAGGCUGCUCUCUAUUUAUAUUCAUGUUUUGGAUGGUAAAUGUUUUUUGACUGUUGAAUGUAUCUGGCUUUUCAGUAUGCGAA